GGCCGGUGCCCGCGGUGCCGCUCGCUCCCGGGAUGGAGCCCCGUGAAUGGACCGGCACCGAGAGCGCCCGCCUGGUCAGCCCGCGGGGCGGCCGCGCCGACGGCAGCCUCCGCCUCAAGAGUCUCUUCACAGGCUCUCCAGACCCCUCAGCACUGGCGGCUCCCCCGGCUCCUGAUCCCCGCUGCCGCUGCAGCCCCCCGACCCCCAGCCCCGGGCAGGGCAGGCUCCAGGCCCGCCAGCAGCUGAGCGUCGCCUGCGCCGUCUGCUGCCUCUUCAUGGUCGGGGAGGUGAUAGGAGGCUACCUGGCACACAGCCUGGCCAUCAUGACGGACGCAGCCCACCUGCUGACGGACGUGGGCAGCAUGUCCGUCAGCCUCUUCUCCCUCUGGGUCUCCAACCGCGCUCCCACCAAGAGCAUGACCUUUGGCUGGCACCGCUCAGAGACACUGGGUGCGCUGGCCUCUGUCCUCUCCAUCUGGGUUGUGACCGCGGCCCUGGUCUAUCUGGCGGCCGCCCGCAUCAUCAGCAACGACUACGAGAUCGAGGCGCGAGCCAUGCUGGCCACGUCCGCCUGCGCCGUCGGCGUCAAUCUGGUCAUGGCCUACAUCCUGCACCAGUCCCCUGCAGGCCACGGCCAUGGCACGGGGGCCUACGAGCAGCUGGAGAGCUCUGUGGCCUGCCAGCCCAGCUGCAGCCCCCUGCCCGGCAGCACCAGCGUGCGCGCAGCCUUCGUCCACGUGGUGGGUGAUCUGCUGCAGAGCGUCAGCGUCCUCGUGGCUGCCACCAUCAUCUACUUCAAGCCCCAGUGCAAGAUCGCAGACCCCAUCAGCACCCUCUUCUUCUCGGUCUUCGUCCUUGGCUCCACCAUCACGAUCCUCAGAGACGUCUUCAGGGUCCUCAUGGAAGGGGCGCCGCGGGGCCUGGAGUUCGAUGCGGUGAAGGAGGUGCUGCUGGGGGCCCGCGGGGUGCGGGGUGUCCACGACCUGCACCUCUGGGCGCUGACGCUGAGCCACGCCGCCGUGUCGGUGCACGUGGCUGUGGAUGCCGGCGCUGACACUGAGAUGGUGCUGCAGGAGGUCACUGCCCGGCUCCAGAGCAGGUUUGGCUUUGCCUCGUGCACGGUACAGGUGGAGCAGCACCAGGAGGAGUCAGCGGGCUGUCCCCACUGCCAGGACCCCCGAACCUGAGACCCCCCCUGCUGCUAUGUUGGGCCAGACAUGGCCCUGGCCCCAGCUCCUUGUGCUAGAGCCGGGCAGUGCUUGAGAUCCCAUCCCCUCCUCUACCCACCCCAUGGCUGCGGAGCCGUGGGGUGGGAUGGUGACUCCAGUGUGGUGUCCUGGGGGAAUGGACACAUGGCCUGGCCUGGCACGGGGGCUCCCUGGAAUCUUCCACUCCCUGCUGUGCCACAGCUCCUGAGGUGGAAUCCUGCCCCACCACCCAUCCCCAGGGAGCCUGUCCGUCCUGGCAGGAAGGGACAUCCCCCAUGGGGGACCUCAGACCUGGCCUUGGCCCCGGCCCCCCACGCUGCUGCCUGGGCUCUGUCUGAAUCCUCCUGUGCCUGGCCCUGACCCAUUCCCUCUGUUGAGUCGUGCCUGUGCCCCUGGUGUCCAUCUGUCCAUCUGUGCCAGCAGCGGUGCCAGCGCUGCCAAUAAAUGUGUUGGAGCAGCAG